AUGAGUCUCGUCGAGAGAGUAUUCCAGUCCAAGAAGGAUGACAAAGAGGACUCGCCUGGCCCUCGCCAGGCCGGCUUCGACUCCGAAGAGGGCCACCUGGAGCAGGCCCGUGAGAACAAGCGCACAAUUGGCAUCGCCGGCGCAAGCUUCCUCAUCCUGAACCGCAUGGUGGGCACGGGUAUUUUCGCUACGCCCAGUGCCAUUUUCUCCCUGAGCGGCUCGGCUGGUCUGUCCAUGAUCAUGUGGUUGAUCGGCACCAUUGUUGCCGCAGCGGGUACUGCCGUGUACAUUGAAUUCGGAACUGGUAUCCCUCGUAACGGUGGUGAAAAGAACAUCCUCGAAUACGUCUUCCGCAAGCCCAAGUUUCUCACUACCUGUCUCUACGGAAGUUACUGCGUCUUGCUGGGUUGGUGCGCCGGCAACAGUAUCGUCUUUGGAGAAUACAUCCUUCUCGCUGCCCGUGUUGAGCCCACCACCUGGAACCAGCGAGGCAUCGGUCUGGGUGUCGUUACCGCCGCCUUCCUGAUCCACGGAACGGCCCUGAAAUGGGGAAUCCGUCUCCAGAAUCUCCUCGGAUCCAUCAAGAUCAUCAUUCUCCUCAUCAUCAUCAUCGCUCCUCUCGUUCGCCUAGACAAGACAACCGACACCCUGUCAAGACACAAGGCCUUUGAGGGCACCACCGGAAGCGCGUACGGAAUCGUCACCUCCCUCAACAACGUCAUCUGGAGCUAUGUCGGCUACAGCAACGCCAACUACGCCCUGAGCGAGAUGAAGAACCCCAUCCGCACCCUCAAGAUCUCGGCCCCGCUCGCCAUCCUGGGUGUUGGAAUCCUGUACAUCCUCGCCAACAUCUCUUACUUCGUCGGCGUCCCCAAGGAGGAGAUCCUGACCAGCGAGCGCCUUGUCGCCGCCUCUCUCUUCCGCAACAUGUUUGGCGAGUCGGCCGAGCGUGCCCUCUGUGUCUUUGUCGCUCUCUCUGCUUUCGGAAACGUCCUUAGUGUCAUCUUCUCCCAGGGCCGUCUCAUCCAGGAGCUCGGCCGCGAGGGCGUCCUCCCCUUUUCUCGGUUCUGGGCCAGCAACCGUCCCUUCAACGCCCCUCUGCCUGGCCUGAUGGAGCACUGGCUCGUCACCGUCAUCACCAUCAUUGCCCCUCCUACCGGUGAUGCUUACAAUUUCGUUAUCAACCUCAUCUCCUACCCCCUCGCCAUCGUCAACACCUUCGUCGCCAUCGGCCUCAUCUACCUCUACGUCAACCGCGCCAAAUGGGGCUGGAACCCGCCCGUCAGCGCCACGCUCCCCGUCGUGGCCUUCUUCCUCAUCAGUAACCUGUUCCUCGUCUUCGCCCCCUACGCACCGCCCGAGGACGGCCAGAACAUCUACAAGAGCAUGCCGUACUGGACCCACAACGUGGUCGCCUGGGGCGUCAUCGGCCUCGGCGGCGUCUACUGGGUCAUCUGGACCAAGCUCAUGCCGUACUUUGGCAAGUACAGGCUGGAGCAGGAGAUGGUGGUGGACGACAUCGACGGGUGGGAGAGGAGGGUGUUUGUGCGCAAGCCGCUGGUGGAGUAG